CUCGUUCUCACAGUUACGACUUACGAACCCAAUCACCUUACACACCGGUUUCUUUCUCGGAUCUCGAACAAAAACACGUUCUCAACGUUUUCUCACAAGAUCUUGCACAUAAUUGCCAAAAUCUGCGUGAGUCCCGAAACGCGUUUUGCGAGUCAUGAGUUACCGAAGAGAUAAUCGCUCCUCCAGAUCAUCACUUGUAGAUGGUUUUGAUAGUCUGGAGGAGGGUGGUCUAAGGGCUUCUUCUUCUUACUCACGCGAAAUUAAUGAGCAUGAUAAUGAUAAAGCCAUAGAGAAUUUGCAGGACAGAGUUUCCUUUCUGAAACGGUUAACAGGUGAUAUACAUGAGGAGGUUGAGAGUCAUAACCAGUUGCUUGAUCGGGUGGGUAACAAAAUGGACGGAUCAAGGGGUGUGAUGAUGGGAACCAUGGAUCGAUUUAAAAAGGUUUUUGAGAAGAAAUCAGCAAGGAAAACAUGCUCACUUGUGGGGUAUUUCACACUUGCCUUCAUAUUCAUAUACUAUCUUAUUAGGAUGCUUGGAUACUUUACACUUGGGUAAAUUGUGUGUUGUUAAAAGAUCGUAUAUUUCAAUUGUGUGUUGAAAUUUGGGAGUAAAAUCAUGUGGUCCUGUGCUGUAUAGUGUUUGAACCAUUCCAUUCCAUUUUGGCUAAAGCAGAUGGCUUCAGACUCACCUGUUGAUAGCAAAAACUUAUUGCAUACAUGAAGCUUAGAAAUUCUAUUGUAUACUUUCUCUCUUGACCUGGUCCUAUAUCCAUUUUUUCAUAGUUGACAUUAGUCCCAAGUUCAUUUAUUAUGUAAAUUCCUGUAAUAUGAAAUGAAAUGAUUCUAUUCAAUUGUAAGUAGGGAGUUCAGAAUUGUAUUAGAUCGGUUGAGGGGGGAAAAAUCAUUUAAUCCAGUCACUUAACUUAUUUCAGUUUGGAUUA